UUCUGGAUUGUUCCCUCACGUGGAGUGUGUGCCUUCCUUUCAGAUCCUCGCGCACGAACUGUGUUGCAGCUCCACGUCGGCUCUCAAACAUUCAGAAAUAUGGCCUUCAGGAAGUUCCUCCCUCUGUUCGACCGGGUGCUGGUGGAGCGCCUCACAGCGGAGACGGUGACGAAGGGGGGCAUCAUGCUGCCAGAGAAGUCCCAGGGCAAAGUUCUGCAGGCCACGGUGGUGGCAGUCGGACCGGGCUCCGUCAACCAGGACUUCUACAACUGGCCGGAUGAGUCGUUUGAGGAGAUGGACAGCACGCUGGCUGUUCAACAGUACAUUCAGCAGAGUAUUCGAUCGGACUGCUCCAACAUUGACAAAAUCCUGGAGCCUCCAGAGGGUCAGGAUGAGGGCGUGUGGAAGUACGAGCACCUCAGGCAGUUCUGUUUGGAACUGAACGGACUUGCUGUAAAACUGCAGAGCGAGUGUCAUCCUGACACCUGCACUCAGAUGACGGCCACAGAGCAGUGGAUCUUUUUAUGUGCUGCCCACAAGACGCCCAAAGAGUGCCCCGCCAUCGAUUACACCAGGCACACGCUGGACGGAGCUGCCUGUCUUCUCAAUAGCAACAAAUACUUCCCCAGCAGGGUGAGCAUCAAGGAGUCAUCGGUGGCCAAGCUGGGCUCCGUUUGUCGUCGCAUCUAUAGGAUAUUCUCUCAUGCUUACUUCCAUCAUCGUCAGAUAUUUGACAAGUACGAGAACGAGACGUUCCUGUGUCACCGGUUCACCCGCUUCGUGAUGAAGUACAACCUGAUGUCCAAGGACAACCUGAUCGUCCCCAUCCUGGAGGAGGAGGUGCAGAACGCCUCGUCAGCCGGAGAGAGCGAGGCCUAAAGCUGCUGCUGCUGCAGGACUCCCUCAUCCACACCGUACAGAGGAGACGCACUCGUUCUGCAGAAAUACACACAUAUAUACACACACUACAGUGUAUUAAGGCUUCUGUCUCAGACAUUGUCCACCCCCCACCCCCCCGCUCUCCUGUGUCUUGUAAAGCUACCAGGAGCCGAGCUCAGCCUGCAGGACAGUCUAAACUGUCCCCGACUCAGCGUGUCCACAGGAAGCUGCUGCGUCACGCCGGCCGCUUUUAGCCUCCAUCGAGUUUUAACGUCUCGUUAAAGUGAUUUAAAAACAUUUUAGCUGCACGUCGACGAGCUGCUGACACACAAACCUGUUUAUGAACGGCUGUUUCUGCUUUUCAUAAAGAAUGAAAACGUUUUGUUCAAUAAAUCAGUUAAAGUAGAAAUCCUCCAGGAUUAAAUUUUCCAAAUAUUUGAGACGUCUGUGUCUGUUCAGCACCUGAGCUCGAUUCCUCUGCAGUCUGAUUUAUUUGACUCCUUUUCUCCUCUGGAUGUAAACAGAGAAAAGUAUAAAAACUUUUCUUUCUCCAGACUUUGUCCCCGUUUCAGGUCCAAAAUGUCCUCAAACCAGCAGAGACUUUUACAUUAAAUAUAAAUUUAAAUAAACGAGUCUUUGCAGCAGCAGCAUCUGACAUGGAAGCUGCUUAAAAUGAGAAAUGGAUUCAAAGAUUCCAUAACUGCAGGUUAUUCAUAGUUAUUUAAUGUUUUUCCCCACUCCAAACAAAAACAUCAUUUUACCAAACGAACAUAAAAACUCAGAACAUUUAUCGUAAAGAAAACGCUCAAGAACUUCUGCACGAUUGUCGUCAUCCAUCUGGAUGCAGGUUUUGUUGGAGGUGGGAGCUCGCAGAAGACACACUUAACAUGUAAACUUUACAGUUAACGUGUAAACUUUACAGUUAGCUUGAAAACUUUACAGUUAACG